GCCAGGUCUCAUCCGGUAUUUUGAUUGGUGCCCUUUUUACAACACGUUUGCAAGGUCAGCCAAUCGUAUAUCUCAAACACAAUUCUAUGCCAAGUGUUGCUGGGUAUACAACAUAAAAACAACUGAAUUUAAAACCCACAUCAACGAGCAGCUUCAACGGCAGACACGGUGUCUGCAUAUUUUUUUUUUAUUCGCACGCAUUUCCGCUGCUCCAAAUCCACUUUUAAAAAAAUGGCAACUGACUGCGAGGUAUGGCUGAACGCUAACCCCCUUGACGCAGAUGAUCUGAGUGACUCUUUCCUAUCGGGCGAAGAGGAGAACGGCAUUAUCACCAAAAACAUCAAGAACGAAAUAAAUGGCAACUGGAUUUCAGCACCUAACAGUAUCCACGAGGCCCGUCUCAAAGCCAAAGCGAAGAGGAGGCUGAGGAAGACUUCUUCUAGAGACUCUGGGAGAGGGGACUCGUUUAGUGAGAACGGGGACCCCUCCCGGGGUACUAAUGGCACCGCACCCCCCACCAGCCCCAAGAGCAAACUGCUGGACAGGAAGUCUCGUGCAGGGAAGGGAAGAGGACUUCCAAAGAAAGGUAUGGGGAGUUAUGUCGAUGUUAGAAACAUAUAUAAUGUUAAAUGGAAGAGAAGAGGACUGUCAGAGAAAGGAAUGGGGGAGUGACUAUGUGGUUGUGUAAUGAAGUGUUGUUAACAGGCCUACUUGUGAUAACGUGAUGUCACGGCUAGGGAAGGUAAGGCCAUUGAAGCCUACCAAAGACCAGUAAUGGGACGUUAACAUUUAUAGAGCAACAAGUUAGUCUGUUUUGAGCAAAAAUAUGCUUCAAGGAAUAGCCCAUCAUUGCCUACAUAGUUACAAUGUCGUGUGUCCUAGUCUUGCGUGACCAGAGAUCACACCAUAUUCUUGUUGGCUGGAAUCAAGGCUACACAUGAUCUAGUCCCCAAGAGAUCUCUCUCUGUCCCUGCCUCUCCAACUGCCAGCCCAGUAGUAAACUGAUUAGCGUGUA